AUGAUGAUCGUCAAGAAGAGUGGCGCGUCGGGGUCCAACAAGAAGAAGCUCAUCAGCAAGGAGGCCACUGGCCUGCCGGGACCGCUGAAGGCCGAAGAGCAGGCGUCGCAGGAGUCGCUGAAGGCCCAGCUGACUGAAUUCUGGUCGCUGGUGGACGAGUCGGUGGUGAACCGCGAGUACUUCCACGGCUACUUCACGAAGCACUACCUCGCCAAGAUCUUGCAGUUGCCCGGCGACUACGUGUGCGGCAUCGUGCCCGUCAUCACCGAGCAGAAAGGGCUGCGUCUGGAGGGCGGCAUCGGGCUCUACGUCGGCUACCAGGACAUCCGCUUCGUCCCGAUCCGGUUCAGCGAGAAAACGCGCCACUACUACCUGGAAGGCGGCCGCGUCUCCAAGCCGACCAUCCACGAGCUCAUCUCCGAUCACGCGUGCGGCGGCGCCGGCAUCUCGAUGCGAUUCGAGGGCGGAAGUCGCCUCGCUUUCCUCCAGCGCUCCAUCCGACGAGCCCCCUAUCUCCUCCCCCACAAACGCAUCCAGCUGCACGACAAGAUUGGUGGUGGAAACUUUGGGCUGGUCUACAUCGCCUCCCUCCUCGAAAACGGCCGUCGCAGCGAGGUCGCCGCCAAGAUCUUCAAGCCGUCCACCCUCAGCCUCGACCCGAACGCCAACCGGACCAAGGACAUCACGCAGCACAAGAUGUUCCUCGACGAGGCCUACGUCAUGUGGCAGCUCAACCACCCGAAUAUUGUCCAAUUCUACGGCAUCUGCUCCCUCAGCCCGGCGCUGACGAUCGUCAUGGAGUGCUGCAAGGGGGGCAGCCUUUUCCAGUACCUGCAGAAGCACGGCGAGGGCGUCGGAUUUGCCGUCAAGACACGGUUCGCCAUCGAGGCGUGCGAGGGACUCGGCUACCUGGCCCGGCGCGACUUUGUCCAUCGCGAUGUCGCCUCCCGGAACUGCCUGCUCACCGAGCAGCUGGUGCUGAAAGUGGCCGAUUUCGGCCUCACCGUCGACGUCGACUCGCUGCGCCGCCGUGAGCACGAGCAGAACGGCAUGGUGCUCCCGAUAAAGUGGGCCUCGCCCGAGGUCCUCCGCAGCGGCGAGUUCUCGUGGGCGAGCGACGUGUGGGCGUACGGGGUGAUGCUGUUCGAGUUCUACAACGAGGGCCGCGAGCCGUACCCGGGGCUCCGGAAUAGGGUCGUCCGCGAGGAGCUGCUCAAGGGCCAGCAGUUCCGCAUGGAGCUCCCGAAUAAUAUCCCACCCCCGAUCCGCGGGCUGAUGGCCAAAUGCUGGGCGGAGGAGCCGCUGAAGCGCCCGAGCUUCUCCGUGCUCGCCGACGAGCUCGACAAGAUCCGCCGCGGCGUCUACGAGGAGCACACUUCC